AGAUUACGGGGAUAUGUCGCUCGAGGAUGGGUUUCAGAUAAAAUGAUAAUAUUCCGUCAGCGGUCGUGUUACUGAGCAUGCGUCAUGGACGCUCUUCCCUGAUCGCGGCGGUCUUGUCAAAGCUUGCAUAUUGAUGAAGUGUUCAGACACAGCAACAAGCGGAGUAUGCUACCACGAAUCAUAAGAAGCCUGCGUUCAAGCUAUGCUUGAUUAGGGCAAAAUGUCCGGCGGUCGAUUUGACUUUGAAGAUGGUGGCACUUACUGUGGGGAAUGGCGAAACGGCAAAGCGCAUGGCUAUGGAAUUUGCACGGGUCCUAAAGGACAGGCCCGCUACGAGGGCUCAUGGCAUAAUGGAUUUGAACUCAGUGGAGUUUACGUUUGGCCAAAUGGUCAUAGAUACGAAGGUGAAUGGUAUUGCGGGAAAAGACACGGUUUAGGCGUAGAAUAUCGCGGGAAAUGGAUUUAUCAGGGAGAGUGGGAAGACGGAUUUAAGGCGAGGUACGGAGUGCAGCGAUCUCAAAGUGGCGCGCGGUAUGAGGGAAGUUGGACGUCGGGACUGCAAGAAGGUUAUGGGAUCGAGGUUUACGCCAAUGGAGGAUACUAUUAUGGCCAGUGGAAAACUGGGAUGCGGUCAGGUUAUGGAAUCCGCAGUGCAAAGCGAGACCCCAAAGUCACUAUAACAAAUUAUGCUCGAUCAAUUUCUAGACAGUCAAAUGCUGAAUCAAAUGGUGUAAUACCAACAAAACAAAAAAGGCAAGGGGGUGAACUUCCUCCAGCUGAGCCACAUUCUCCCAAAUCUGGCAGUGAAAGUGACAAUGCUAGCAAUACAGGCUCUGUUAAUAGCACUGUAGGGAGCGGGUCAACACAACUUGCAGAUGGAAGUCUGGAUAGCACCGUUGCUGUAACACAAACAGAGCCAGAGGCAGAGCCAGUGAAACCAGUGCGGGAGCUUUACAAAGGUGACUGGAAAAAUGAUAAACGUCAUGGUUAUGGAAUUUUAGAAGCAUCUGAUGGUUAUAAGUAUAUAGGGCAAUGGCAUGAGAAUAUGCGGCAUGGGCUUGGCGUCGCUUGCUACCCUGACUCUUCUAAAUACGAAGGCGAGUUUGAGAAUGAUAACUUAGUGGUUGAUAUUAAAAAGAAAGGUCCAAUUAAGACACUUGUGACCCGGUUUCGCCAGCGACUUCAAGUUGCAUGCGAGGCUGCACAGCAAGCAUCGGACUUGGCUGUGCAGAAAUCGCAUAUGGCUCUAUCAAGGGCUACUGCAGCAAGGGACCGAGCUUUAGAAGCUGCAGCUGCUGCGGAAAAUGCAAGACAAUCUACAGUCAUUGCAAAGCGCCGUGCAAGGGAGCUUAUGCAAGCUGUUCACAUUUCUGGAAUGGAGUUUGUAAAAACAUAAAGAAUUUGGAUGCUAGUGAUGACAGGUAUAAUCCUGGUGCACGUUUUGGUGCCUUUGCCCAUAUUCGGCUGCUUGCUACAUCAUUUAGUGUUGGAUGUUUGACACAAGUUAUCAAAGGCAAGUCUUGCCUUGCAUUGAUAUUGUAUGGAACAGUGCUGAGACUUUAACAGUGGUUACAUCCUAAGUGAUAUGUGAUCAUCAUUUUAUGGCACAUCUUGUCAAUGAUACAUCAGAGAUGUAAAGUUUAAACUAAUUUAACAAUUUGUAGUUUAGUGGUAUUAGAGCUGCUAAGGUUAGAUUUUAUAGUCCAAUACUUACUCAUAAUUGUUUAAUUUGGUUAGCGAAUUGGCAUUAAAUUUGUUAAAUUUGUGCAUAAAUUAUUAGCAUUGUAUUUGGUCAAUAUUGUAUAAAAUUUAAGGUUAACCAAAAACUUGCCAGUGGAUUACCACUGUAAUAAAUUUCAAUAUUUUUGUUUUACAAAUUAUCUAAAACAUCUCCUAGAAUAUUUUGGAUUUGUUGCAAAUUUGAGAAGUUUUGGUAAGUGGUAUUUAGGUUGUCAGUAUUUAUUUUGACUUAAGACUAUUGCUCCAUCUUUUUAAGCAUGUGUUGUAAAAGAGGGGAACAAGUGAAUAUCAGACCUAGUCGGCUAGGUGACUUUCAUUUGGGUUAUUCAGAAAUGUUUUUUUAUUGUUGGGAAUCCUAUGGUACACAGAGACAAGGUGCACUGAAUCAACUAUAUCCUUGGCCCAAAGUGCACCUAAACCAGCACAUUCAAAAACCAAACAUUGAAUUACUCCAAAUGAGAGCUGUUAGCAGAAUAUGAAAAACCUUGAAUACAAAAACAAUUUUGGUAAAUUGAAAACGUUAGCAUAAAAUAGGGAGUAUUUGGCUUCUGUCAUCCAAAAUUGCCUGUUUAAAUUCUUGGUUUAGAAAGCAAGUAACUUCGAUUGACAGAAGCCCAACUGACAAUGAUUGCUGUUCGCGUUCCUGCAAGCUUUUUUGAAACCACUGAGAGAAGUUAAACUAAAAAAAACAUGAGUCAUUCUGGAGAGUUCAAUUUAAAAAAAAAAAAAUUAAUUAUUUUUAACUCAACUCUCAUGCCAAGUUUCCCUUAAAACAUCAAAAACAUGUAAAAACUGCUCAAGUACAAGAAACAUAAGAGAAAAGCCCCUAUAAAUUUGUUAUAAAAACUGUUAGUUGUUUAUUUUGACUGAGACUUCAUAGGACUAGUCUUAACGAUUAUGCUGAGGUUUGUCUUUUGUAUUUGUCAAGGAAACGCGCAAAAAUGGAUCUAGUCUAGAGGCUCAGGCAAGUUAACAAGAUAAGUGUAAUGUAUGCAGACUAGGAGAGCACUUGGAUUUCAUUAAGUCAGCGACUAACCGAUAAAACGCUAUUUAUUUUUAUACCUACUAUUGUACAACUGUUGAUAGAGGGAAUAAAGUAUUUUUGCAGAUA